UUGACUUUUCCAACUUAACAAGUCCACGCUAAAACUGCCAUCCUCGCUUCGUGAUGUUAAUUCUACUACCGUUUCGUUAUUCAUCUGAAUUGGGGACUUUAAAUUCCACAACAUUUCUUAAAGACAAAUGGCGAAAUCCCAAUCCUACACUUCAAUGGAAUAACGACCAAUUUUUCCAUCAGAAAAGUGAGUUAGCAUUUGAGCUAUUUUUGGGGGUGUUAGCAUGUGAGUUAGCAUGUGAGACAAUUUGGAUUAGCUCCGUUUGGAUUAGCAUAAUGUUCCUUUUUCUUGUAUUCCUCUGCUUUCUCUUCAAUUUGUUGUUUGUCAUCGCUUCCACUGGCAGUACUCCGCCUUACACCCCCACAGAUUAUAUCCUGAUCAACUGCGGCUCAUCCUCGAAUUCAACCUCAGUUGAUGGCCGGAAAUGGGACGGCGACGUGGGCUCAAAAUUCUCACCGAACGACAUGGCAAAUAUUUCAUCAGCAGUCACAGCCACCGAGCUAGACUCCUCAGUCAGCGGAGUCCCUUUUUCAAGUGCCCGAAUCAUCCGUUCUCAAUUCUCUUACACCUUCCCUGUCAGUCUAGGCAAAAAGUUCCUCCGCCUUUACUUCUACCCUACCUCGUACUCCGGCAGUCUCAACACAACUGAUUCUUUCUUCAAUGUCACGGCUAAUAACUACACCCUUCUCAGUAACUUUAGCGCAUAUCUCACAGUUUCUAGCAAGGGAUUCUCACCACCCUUUGUUUUUGAAGAACAUACAAUCAAUUCCGUUGUUAAAGAAUAUAUCCUCAAUAUUCAGGAUAUGGAUCAGUUCCUCAACGUUACCUUUUUGCCCUCUUCGAAUUCCUACGCUUUCGUUAAUGGAAUUGAAGUUGUUUCAACCCCGGAAGAUCUCUACAUGGGCAACCAUGAUAUGCUCAGCAAUCCCCUUAAAUUCGUGGCUUAUCCGAAUGUUCAGUUUGAGUUUGAUCAGAACAAGACUGCCUUUGAAGCUCUUUACAGGCUCAACGUAGGAGGUAAUGCAGUUUCUGAGGUGGAAGAUAGUGGGAUGUUCCGCAGAUGGACUUCCGAUUUCAAAUUCCUCUGGGGCGCAGAUGAAGGAAAUCAGUUGAGCGAUUCUGAUAGUGCCAUCAAGUACACUACAGAAACCCCAAAUUACACCGCACCCCCAGUUGUUUUUGCUACUGCCAGGGCGAUGGGAAAGUUCAGCACCAGCUUCAACUUGAGCUGGAUGUUUCCUGUUGAUUCUGGGUUUUAUUAUCUCAUGAGGUUGCAUUUUUGUGAGAUUAGUCCCGAUUUGAUUACAGCGGAGAACCAACGGAUGUUCAAAAUAUUUAUCGGUGAUAGAAUAGCUGAGCCAGAAGCUGAUGUUAUACAUUGGGCAGGCGGCCCAGAAGUCCCGGUAUUCAGAGACUACCUCGUGUUCGUUCCAAACCCACCAGACUAUCGCCAGACCAAGCAAGACUUGUUUCUUGCUCUGCACCCGAAUCUUGAUACCAAACCAAAGUAUGCUGAUGCGAUCUUGAAUGGCUUAGAAUUGUUCAAAUUGAAUAACACCGACGGGAGUCUUGACGGGACCAAUCAUGAUCCCAAGGGGAAUCGUGGAAAAUCUCGAGUACCUUUUGCUGCCAUCGGAGGAGGGUCAGCAGGAGGGGCUGCCAUGGUUUUAAUCAUUGGUUUCUUGUUUUUCCGGUGGCGAUGGAAGAGACGGGUAACAGACGUGGACAAGAAAACUGCUCCAAACCCAUCUUGGACCCCACUUUCAACCCCGCCAGGGUCAACAAAGACUGGAGCAUCAGGUUCAUCGUCGCUUAGAAGAUUUUUGUUGGAGGAGAUUGGAUCCGCUACGGCCAACUUUGAUGCCAAGUUUGUGAUUGGGACUGGAGGAUUUGGAAACGUGUACAAAGGGUACAUAGACAACAAUCUAACAACGGUUGCGAUAAAGCGAUUAAAUCCUUCAUCAAGACAGGGUGCCCGCGAAUUCCAAACCGAGAUCGAGUUGCUAUCAAAUUUAAGACAUCUUCAUUUGGUUUCCUUGAUAGGCUACUGUGAUGAAAAGGGUGAGAUGAUCUUGGUUUACGAUUAUAUGGCUAAUGGAACCCUCCGCGAUCAUCUCUACAGAACAGACAAUCCACCGCUCCCAUGGAAACAACGCCUUCAAAUCUGCAUUGGCGCCGCCAAAGGGCUGGAUUAUCUCCACACGGGCACCAAGCACACUAUCAUUCACCGCGAUGUCAAGUCAACCAACAUAUUAUUGGACGAGGCAUGGGUGGCCAAAGUUUCGGAUUUCGGAUUAUCCAAACUUGGUCCGAGUGGGAUUUACAGCCAUAUCAGCACGCAGGUCAAGGGGAGUUUUGGCUACAUAGAUCCGGAGUACUACACGAGACAGCAAUUGACGGACAAGUCCGAUGUGUACUCAUUCGGGGUGGUUUUGUUGGAAGUUUUGUGUGGUCGGGCACCUAUUAUUCUAGACUUACCCCAGGAGCAGGUGAAUUUGGCUGAAUGGGCCAAGCAGUGUUACAAAAAAGGGAUUAUCCAUCGAGUUGUGGACCCAGAUGUGAAGGGCGAGAUUGCUCCCCAAUGUUUGAGGAUUUUUGCUGAAACGGCCAUUAAUUGUUUGAAAGAUCAAGGGAUUCAACGACCGGGAAUGGAUGAUGUAGUUGGUGGCCUUGAAUUUGCAUUGCAAGUCCAGGAGGCAGCUGAAAAUGAGGGUGGUCGACCUGAUCCAUUUCCCUUGCAUAUGGAUGGUGGAGAUGUGCAAAAUAUGACCGAUGAUGAUACGGAUGUGACUUCUGAAUCAGGAGGUGACCAAGAUUCUGCUGGCAAGAUUGAGAUGGUAUUUACAACUUGGACAUCCACGACAAGCGGUGACAACUUCAAGGUUUGACAGUGUUUUCUCUGAGAUUCUGAAUCCCACUGGACGGUAAGGUUUUUUAAUCAACAAACCAACCUUGAGGCUUGAACCUAAGAUAUUCAUUUCAGAGGACUCAAGAGUCUGGUAUGCUGUGUCGUUCUUCUUUCUCUCUCUGUCUUUUUUUUUUUCUUAUAGUACAGUCAAAUGUAUAGUAUAGUGUGGUUUUGAUUGAUGCAAGCGCUACGAUAAAUCCUUGAUGGUUGACAAUGUGCCCGUAGAAUAUGUAAAAUUUUGUUGCUGUGCCAUAUUAUUAAGGAAACAUUGACGAGACGGAAAACAUUUAAACUAAAUAACACUCGAGGGUCUUAGUUGACAUGAUAUGACAAUCAAAAGGCAUCGAUUUCUUAAAAUUUUUUUGUAGGGAUUGACAUAUUUAGGAGAUGUAAUCUUAUACUAAUCUCUUCUCUGUAUGAUAAUCUUAUACUAAUCUUGUACCCCUCUUUUGUUUGUAACUCUCAAAUUUAGGUUGCAUUCAUUAU